GUCAUACUAGUGGCUUGUUGUUGUGCUAAAAAAUAACAAAAUCUAAACAAACAAUAAAAUGAGUAAGUUUCAAACAUUUAAUGGCAAUGAUGAAGAUGAAAACGAAACUGAGCAGAAAUACGCACACCUUUUAAAUUCGGGAAAUGAGAAUCACUCGGUUUUGGAAAAUAACUCGGGAAAAGCCAGUCGUUGCAAGUGGACGGAUGAGGAAGUUGAAUCCUUCCUGGGGAUCAUCCAGCAAAUGAAACUGCAGUCUCCUCUGCAAAGAUCUCGCAAUGCCAAGGUUUUUAAGGUUAUAUCCAGAGAAAUGGCUAGGAAAAACUGUUCCAAAAGCCCAAAGCAGCUGAAGAUGAAGUACCACCAGAUGAGGCGACAGUAUGUGAGGGCCAGGAAUAGCGGGGAAUCAUUUGAUCAUUUCGAGGCAAUUCACGAAUUGAUGCAGGGAAACGACGGCUCCGAUCUGGAGGGAGAUCUAGAAAGCGACUCGGAUGGCGAUGGAGAGAAUGACGAGGACCAUUUCGGUCCCAUCUCAGAAACUGAAGGAGAUGAUGCCUUGGAUGCCUCCUGCUCGUCAAUCAACAUCAAUGCCCGGUGCAGAUGGGCCGAGGGAGAGGUAGACUUGCUCCUUGACCUGAUCCACUCGCUGGGACUAAGGUCAGCCUUGCUGCGGAAGCGCAAUGCCAAGGUAUUCAAGCUGCUGGCCAAGGAGAUGGCGAAGCGCAACUGCAACAAGGGAGCGGAUAAGUUGCGCAUAAAGUUUCAGCUGCUGCGGAGGAUGUACAACAAGGCAAAGAACGGCAGUGGCGAAACUUUCGAGCACUUUGAGGCCAUGCGACAGGUCUUGGAUCCCACCGAAGAGGAGGCUGCCGCAGAGGCUGAAGCAGAAGGACAUCUCAGUAGUGGCAGCGAAAGCGAAUUCAAUGAUAGCGAUGACGAAGAAGGUGACGCCUCUCAAAAAUUCGGAGCUCACUUUUGGACAGACGAAGAGGUGGAUUCAUUCCUGCUUAUCAUCAGGGACAAUGGUUUCUUUCGAGCCUUGGAUGGUUCAAGAAAACGCAACUUCCAGACCCUGGCGCACAUUUCAAAUAUCCUGGCCAAACAGGCCAUCAAACGCACUCCCCACCAGUUGCGGAAUAAGCUGCGAUUGCUCUUUAAGCGACAUCGCGAGGCCAAGGAGCAUGGUUUACAAAAUGUGAGAAUUUUGCCCCGUCACUUUAAGCUCUUUGAUGAGUUAAUUCAGGCGCCGCGAGAAAACAGAAAGAAUGCCAUUCCAAGGCCCGCCCGCCACAUCAAAUCAUCUCUCUCCAAGCAAACCAACAAGUCAAACAUUCCGCUGGAGAGCGACAGCGAAAACUCCGACUCCAGCUGUGAUCUUCUAAGAGCUGCCGCCGAAAGCGAAGACUACGAAGAUGUCAUGGAGAUGGAGGCGGAACCCACACCCAUUGAAGCACUCACUGCCAUUAUGGAAGGCCAAAAGCAAUUACUGACCCAAAUCAAGGCUGCCAACGAGAGCUUUCUGAGGCAGCAACGCGAACAGCAGCAGCAAUUCCUGGCACAAAUUUCAGAGGUGAUGCGUCGGGAUCGAGAGGAAACCUUACGCAGGAUCAACGAAAUGCUGACGCCGAAAUAAUCAAAAUCCGAGUCAAGCUUCUAAAACUUUUAUUGAAUUGAAUUCGAAGUUAUUGCAAAAAGUUGUCAUUAUUUAUAUAUAGUAUAUGUAUGUAUUCUAUAUUCA